AAGAGCAAGAUGAGGAGGAAACCCAAUCGGUCCACAUUUGGAGUGCAAAUCUCCAUGAAUUGGCGGAGCAGAAAGGCUGUGUUCGGUUCCACGUCCAUUGUAUCUCCCUUGUUCUCGUGGACUCGUACAAAAUCCGGAUUAAAUUACGCUCUGCUCCUUUAAGAAGCUCCAACAGGAUUACAGUUACACGCAGCGACUAAACUCGGCGUCUGGUAGUUUUUACGCACACUUUACCCUCAGGAGACACUUGUCCCUCACUACUGAGUCGGUGCCGCCUCAACCCAGAACGCAGUGAGUCAUGGCCGAGACUGGGAACAGUGCGAAGGGGGUCACAGCCGGGAAACUGGCCAUCUCAGUCCAGAAGAGGCUAAGCAGAGCGCAGGAGAAGGUUUUGCAGAAACUUGGCAAAGCGGACGAGACUAGAGAUGUCAUCUUUGAGGAGAUGGUUGCCAACUUCAACAAGCAGAUGGGAGAAGGCACCAAGCUGCAGAAGGAUCUGAAAGCAUACAUAACUGCAGUAAAGACUUUGCACGAGGCAUCACGGAGACUGCAGGACUGCCUGGCUGAAAUGUACGAGCCCGAGUGGUUCGGCAAAGAGGAGAUGGACGCCAUGGUGGAGGAGAUGAUAGAGAAGGAGAUGGACAAUAACUUGGAGGACACAGACACUCUGUGGUUGGACUUCCACCAGAACAUAACAGACAGCUCAAUGCUUUCCUUGGAUUCGUACCUGACUCAGUUUCCUGAUAUCAAGGCUCGCAUUGCAAAGCGGGACCGUAAGAUGGUGGACUUUGACAGUGCUAGACAUCACUUUGCCUCCUUACAGAAGGGCAAGAAAAAGGAUGAGGCCAAGAUCGCCAAGCCUGCGGCCCUGUUGGAGAUGGCAGCGCCAAGCUGGGCUCAGGGUUUGCUCUCAGCCCACCAGGUGGCUCAGACUAACCUCUCCUACAACCAGGCCGAGGAAGAGCUUGGUCGCUCUCAAAAGAUUUUUGAAGAGCUGAACGUGGAAUUACAAGACCAGCUUCCAGUGCUGUGGGACAGCCGUGUUGGCAUCUAUGUUACCACAUUCCAGAGUCUGGCGGGUCAUCAAGAGAAGUUCCACAAAGAGAUGAGCAAGCUGAGUCAAAACCUGAAUGACAUCAUGACCAAACUUGAAGAGCAGAGGCAGCUCAAAAAAGACAGUGCAGCAGCCAAGGCAGGCGACGAGGCAAAGAGUGACGGAGCCAACCACAGCCAUGCAGCCAGCUCGCCACCCACGAGGCCCAGCUCGCUGCCCAGCCGGCCUCUCCAGCAUGAUGAAUCGCUUGAUGACAGCGCGUCUGAUAUUAACAAGGAGUCCAUAACAACAACACAGGUGCCAUCUUGGGACUUACCAGAGCAGCCCCUGGAGCAAGUUGAGGGUGGAUGGUACUUUAAUGAAGGAAACUCCCAGAGUGACCCGCAACUCAAUUGUGGGGCGAACCACGCUGAGUUGUACACUGACCCCACUUGGUCUUAUGAUGUGGGUCAGGGGGGCUGGGCCCAAGAUGAACAAGUGCAGGUUUCUGAAUCCAACAGCUCGGAUUACAAGCUCCCUCCUGGGUUCCUCUACAAGGUCAAAGCCAUCCACGAAUAUGCUGCCACUGAUGGGGACGAACUAGAGCUGAAUAUUGGAGACAUUGUGCUCGUUUUGGCAUUCGACACCCCAGAUGAGCAAGAUGACGGCUGGCUCAUGGGCGUGCAGGAAUCUCUCUGGAUACGUAACAAAGAUAUUUCAUCCAAAGGGGUCUUCCCUGAGAAUUUCACGCAGAAACUUUGAAGUUCACAUCCCCUUCCUCGAGGUACUUCCAGAUUUAUUUGGAAUAAAAAAUGAAAUAUGAAAUUACUUAUUUGCCAGUCCCAAAAUGAUGUCCUUUAGAAACCGAAGAACUUAAUCAAGAUUAACGUCAACUUAUAUGUAGAUCUAGAAACAUGGAUCUAUCUUUUUGAAGUUAUUCCUCUCAAUGUUAUAUCAUUACUUGUGUUGAAUUUGCCCACAAAUAUUGUGAAGAAAUAAAUGGAACAGGAAGUCAUGGAGUGUGCCAGUGACAAACUUUGAACUUUGCUUAAAAAAAAAAAAAACGGCUCAUGCUGAGGUGACAAUGAGGAAACUUGUGUACAACCAGAGCCCUUGAGGACACUGUGUGCUAAUAACCGAGAUGGUUCGACGGUGCAAAAAAGAAAAUCUCACCUCAACUUUUGAUAUUUCAUCUUUCGUUUGAAGAUUCUGUUUGUCAUGUCAGUAUCUCUGCUUUCAUGCAUUAUCUUUUUGAAGGACACAUUUACAUGUUUUGGCAAUGUUCAGCCAGGUGGAAACCCUCAUAUUAUAUAGGAUAACUAUCAUUAAAGAUUGAUGAAGCCCA